UGAAAAUUAUAAUUUUGAUUUUACAAAUCGAAAAAAAAAGCUUUCUCAUGGCAUGCUAUAUAUUGGGUGUAUUUAUAAAAUAUGGCGUUUAGUUGUUUCCGAAGAGAGAGAAACAAUGUGGUUUAUUUACAUUUAUCGUUACGAUUUGUUUAUGGCGUAAAUAUGAAUCUAUUUUAAUUCAUGUACUUCUAAACUUUGUUCGAAUAUUUUUCGAAAAUAAUGAUUACAAACUAAGUUAUAAAGUCAUUAGGAUUGUAGUAUUUGAUUCUGCGUUUCUAACUUAACCUUCAAGUGUAGAUUUUGGUAGAUUAUUAUGCAGUUAUAUCUCCAAACAUGCCUUUAUUUUCAAAUAAAUUUUCCCCAAAGAAAACACCGACGAGAAAAGUGUCAACAUUUUUAAUAAACAAAGACUUAAGUCCUAAGAGAAUAGAAAAGGAAUUAGGCCCUGAUAUAGGAUCUAUCCGUAUACGACUUGGAGAUCAAGAAGCAGUUUUCGAAAAUGGCUUAUGGAUACCAGAAUCUGGAAAAGUAAGUGGUACAUUUAAAGAAAACGAAAGACUGAAAAAAGAAAUUAAAAGACUCGAAGAAGAAAAUAAUUUAUUAAAAUUGAAGUUUGAAGUAAUGUUAGACAUGUUAACGCAAACUACAACAGAAGCUCAAUCUCAAAAAGAAGAACUGGAAAAAUUAAGGAACAGCGUAUCAUCUGAUAGAUAAUUAAAAUAACAUAUAUUACACAAUAUGUAGUGUUCUCAAUAGUUUGUAGAAUAAUUUUAUUUUGUGCUGAUUUUAUGCACUCAAUUAAUAUGAUGAAUUAAUAUGACAAAUAAAACUUAUAUAUAAACAAAGAGAUUAACUAAUCUCUAAUCUCAAGUAAAUUUUAUAAUUUUUAAAAUAAGGCACGAAUGAUCAUAUUAUGUAUAUCACUAUAAUAUCCUUUACUUUUAAUAACCUUGGAUUAUAGUUAUCUGAAUGUACAUAAUUUACAAUAUUGUAAUGUUAUGAUUAAUCCAUGACAUUUUCUGGACAUGUUUUGCGUGUAUGACCUAUUAAAAAUAAAAUAAAACAGACUGAUGUAAAUU